AUGCUCGAAAGCGAACUGGAGCCAGGCUUUGCCGUGCGGGGUCUCCACGGAGCAGACAGCGUGAUCAGCCCCGAUGGAUGUCAUGGUGGGCGUUUGGGUUUGCCUGGCAGCGGCCAGAACAGAACAAAAUUUGAAUACCUCAGUGUACAUGAUUGUAUGGUAUCUUUAGCUAUUGCACUUAAGCUAAAAUGCAUCUUUUGUCUCCUAGUUGUUGGCCUUGGAAUGGACCCUAGCUUACAGAUUGAUAUUAUCAAAGAAUUGGAUCUUGUCAACAUGACUAUCGGAGUUACACAGGUGUCUGGACUACAUAACACCAGCAAAGCAUUUCUCUUUCAAGCUGUAGAUAGAGAAAUCCAUGCAGCAUCCCACACAAAUGAGAAGUUAAUUCAGCUCUUCCGGAACAAAAGCGAAUUCACAUUUCUGACCACCAUACAGCAGCAGGCAUCAACUUCUGGAGUUAUUCUGUCCAUACGAGAGUUGGAACACAGUUACUUUGAACUGGAAAGCAGCGGCCUGAGAGAUGAAAUAAGGUAUCACUACAGAUUUAACGGAAAGACAAGAACAGAAGUAUUUCCCUAUCGGCUAGCAGAUGGACAAUGGCAUAAAAUUGCAUUGUCCCUCAGUGCAUCCCACCUCCUGCUUCAUGUGGACUGCAAUAGGAUUUAUGAACGGGUGAUAGAUCGCCCAGAAACAAAUCUGACUCCAGGAAGCAAUUUGUGGCUAGGACAACGCAACAGAAAACAUGGCUUUUUUAAGGGUAUCAUUCAAGAUGCGAAAGUCAUCUUUAUGCCUAAUGGAUAUAUAACUCAGUGCCCUAAUCUGAAUCGCACCUGCCCUACCUGCAGUGACUUCUUAAGCCUGGUACAAGGAAUUAUGGAUUUACAAGAGCUUCUGGCUAAAAUGACAGCAAAACUAAAUUAUGCAGAAAUGAGACUUAGUCAGUUGGAAAACUGUCACUGUGAGAAGACUUGCCAAGUAAAUGGAGUCAUCUACCGAGACAAAGAUUCAUGGGUAGAAGAUGAUCACUGCAGAAAUUGCACAUGUAAAAAUGGAGUGGUGGAAUGCCGACGAAUGGCCUGCCCGCUAUUGAAUUGUUCUUCUGAUGGCCUUCCAGUCCAUAUAACUGGCCAAUGUUGCAAAGUAUGCAAAUCAAAAUGCAUGUAUGGAGAUAAAGUGUUGGCAGAAGGGCAGAAGAUUUUAAUCAAGAACUGCAGAGAAUGUCAUAAUGGAAUUUUAGUAAAAAUAACAGAGACCUGUCCUCCAUUGAACUGCUCAGAAAAAGACUAUGUACUCCCAGAGAAUCAGUGCUGCAGUGUUUGUAAAGGUCAUAAUUUCUGUGCACAGGGACACCGAUGUGGUGAAAAUUCAGAGUGCAGAAACUGGAACACACGGGCUACUUGUGAAUGCAAAAGUGGUUAUGUUUCUGUCCAAGGGGACUCUGCCUAUUGUGAAGAUGUUGACGAGUGUGCUGCUAAGAUGCAUUAUUGUCAUGCCAAUACAGUGUGUGUUAAUUUGCCUGGAUCAUAUCGUUGCAACUGUGUCCCAGGAUAUAUCCGGAUUGAUGAUUUUUCAUGUACAGAGCGUGAUGAAUGUGACAGUGGACAGCACAACUGUGAUGAGAAUGCAAUCUGUACCAAUACAAUCAGAGGACAUCGCUGCACCUGCAAACCUGGAUAUGUGGGGAAUGGGACCAUCUGCCGAGAGCGUGAUGAAUGUGACAGUGGACAGCACAACUGUGAUGAGAAUGCAAUCUGUACCAAUACAAUCAGAGGACAUCGCUGCACCUGCAAACCUGGAUAUGUGGGGAAUGGGACCAUCUGCCGAG